AUGGGUAAUGGUUAAUGCUAAUAAACAAAUUAAAAAAGUGAAGUUAAUAAAAUUAUCACUGAAGAAAAUGUUCAUUCUGAUGAAUCAGAUCAUAAUCUUACAUCCAAAAUUACUGAUAGAGUUUAUAAAGUUAAUUUUGCUAGAAAUGAAUUAAUUUGGAGAUUAUAAUCAAUCAAUCAAGAAACGUAAAAUUUUUUAAAUAUUACAAAGAAUAGCUUAUUAUAUGUUACAGAAUUAAUCUUAUCAUUGAAUAAAUAUACUAUUCAAUAAUUAAAAACUAUGAUAAUUGGAGCACAUAAGACUUAUUAAAUAUUAAUUGAAGCUAUUAUUAAGAUGAAACCAGAAAAUAAUGAAAUAGUUCCUGUUUUAAGUGAAGAAUAUAAUAAUUUUAAACUUUUUUAUGAAUUACAAGCAUAACCAGCUUAAUAAUUGUAUUAUCGACCUGUUUAUAAUGAAGACUUUGAAAUUAUUAGAGAAAUAAGAGUUAAAAGAAUUAGAAAUUAUGUAAUUAAAGAAGAUAAUAUAACAGAUAUCUAAAAAACAUAAUAGAGAUUAUAAUAUUGGAUAUAAUUGAGUUAAAAAAAUCAUCCAAAUUUAUUAAAUCUAAGAGCAGCUGUAAUUUAAAAAAACAUAUGUAAAUAUGUAACUGAUUACAUUGAUGGAAUAACAUUGGACAAAUUUUAAAAUAAAUAUAUUUAAAAUUAAGAUAAAAUCAAAAUAAUGUAAUAAAUGAUUGAUGCAUUAAAAAUGCUGCAUUCCUAAUAAUUAGUUCAUGGAGAUAUAAAACCUUCAAAUUUUAUGGUUACUUUGCAAUAAUAAAUAAUCCUAUUAGAUCUUGAUUAAUUAGGAGCAGAGAGACAAUCAGCAGAUAUGACAUAUUUAUAUUCAUUUAAGAAUGAAUAAUGUCCAACCUUUUAAGGUGAUGUAUGGUCACUUGGUUUAUGUAUCUAUUCAUUAUUCUUUGGACAAAGAAUAGAAAAAAACUGGACUAUUGAAGAUUACAAAAGGAGAGACUUUCCUGCUUUUAAUAUUAGAUCUUAUGAACCUAUUUAAUAAAUUUUAGAUGCUUGUAUAAUCGAUAGUCCAAAAGACAUCUGGUACAUUAGUACAUUAAGUAAGUAAUAUUGA